AUGAGUGCAUUGACAAAGUGUAAACGUAACUUAGGAGGUAGAAACAUCCGGUUAUUUUCCAAUUCUGCUUUGAAUUGUGACAACAAGUUAAAUAAGUACUCUUCUAUUGUGACCCAGCCCAAGUCGCAAGGGGCAUCCCAAGCGAUGUUGUAUGCGACCGGGUUUGAUGAAGAAGAUAUGAACAAGGCACAGGUUGGUGUUGGAUCUGUCUGGUGGUCAGGAAAUCCGUGCAACAUGCACUUGAUGGAGAUGAACAACAAGGUGACCGAAUCUGUUAACAGAGCCGGUUUGAAGGGGAUGCAGUUCAACUCGAUUGGUGUCUCGGAUGGGAUCACUAAUGGUACUGAUGGUAUGAGAUACUCGUUGCAAUCGCGUGAAAUUAUUGCUGACUCGUUUGAGACCAUGAUGAUGGCCCAGAUGUACGAUGCCAACAUCGCAAUUCCGCUGUGUGACAAGAACAUGCCAGGUACCUUGAUGGCUAUGGGUAGACACAACAGACCAUCUAUUAUGGUUUACGGUGGUACUAUUAUGCCAGGUUCUCCAACUUGUGGUAACUCGAUUAUUCCUGACAAGAUUGAUAUCAUCUCUGCGUUCCAAUCGUAUGGUCAAUUCUUAUCGGACCAGAUCAAUGAGGGCGAAAGAAAGGAUAUCAUUAAGAAUGCAUGUCCUGGUGCUGGUGCAUGUGGUGGUAUGUACACUGCCAACACCAUGGCCUCUGCUGCUGAAGUUUUAGGUAUGUCCUUACCAUUUUCGUCCAGUGCCCCAGCCAUUUCGAAGGAAAAGGCACAUGAAUGUGCUACUGUCGGUGAUGCCAUCAAGAAUUUGUUAGUCCUUGACUUGAAGCCAAUGGAUAUCAUGACCAAGAAGGCUUUUGAAAAUGCAAUCACUUAUAUUAUCGCUACUGGUGGUUCUACUAAUGCCGUUUUACAUUUGAUUGCCAUGGCAAACACCGUUGGUGUUGACUUAACUGUCGAUGAUUUCCAAAGAAUUUCGGACUCCACUCCAUUAUUAGCCGAUUUCAAGCCAAGUGGUAAGUACGUUAUGGCUGACUUACAAAAGUACGGUGGUACCCCAGCUGUCAUGAAGUUGUUAUUCGAGGAAGGUUUAAUUGAUGGAUCUCAAUAUACUGUCACAGGUAAGACUAUCAAAGAAAAUUUGGAAUCUGUUAAAGGCUUGCCAGCUGAACAAGAAAUUGUCAGACCCUUAUCUAACCCAUUAAAGCCAAGUGGCCACUUACAAAUUUUAAAGGGUACUUUAGCUCCAGGUAGUGCUGUCGGUAAAAUUACUGGUAAGGAAGGUACUUAUUUCAAGGGUAAAUCUAGAGUUUUCGAUGAUGAAAUGGCAUUCAUUACUGCUUUAGAAAAUGGCGAAAUCAAGAAAGGUGAAAAGACUGUUUGUGUCAUUAGAUACGAAGGUCCUCAAGGUGGCCCUGGUAUGCCAGAGAUGUUGAAGCCUUCUUCUGCAUUAAUGGGUUACGGUUUAGGCCAAGACGUUGCGUUAUUAACUGAUGGUAGAUUCUCUGGUGGCUCUCAUGGUUUCUUAAUUGGUCAUAUUGUUCCAGAAGCUGCAGUUGGUGGACCAAUUGCGUUAGUGCAUGAUGGUGAUGAAAUUGUUAUUGACGCUGAAAACAAUAGAAUCGACUUAUUAGUAUCUGAAGAUAUUUUAGCCGAAAGAAAGAAGGAAUGGACCCCACCAAAGCCAAGAUAUACAAGAGGUACAUUGGCUAAAUAUUCUAAGUUAGUCAGUGAUGCUUCGUUGGGUUGUGUUACUGAUUUGGUAUAA